CCAACCGUACUUCCGUCAUGCGCAGAAGCAGAACAGAAAGCGGAAGUGACCAACGAAGUACAACAGAACGAAAGUUGCUGAUUGCUUUAGAGACUGUUCAGAGCGCUGAAAGACAGAAGGUUUUUGACAAGGUUUUAUCGACGAUUCUUUGAGAAAAAAGUGGUAAUAUGUUCUGAUGGGGACGGUGGUGUCCUCUUCGGUGUGGCAGUGUCCCCGGUGCACGUUACAGAACGAGGGAACGACGCAGAGUUGCCGAUCUUGUGGGGAAGCGCGAACGGACACCGCCGGGCUGUUGGCCGCGUUCUUCGGCGGUACUGGCACCAAGGUCUGUCCGGGCUGUGAGCUCUCUAACGCCGCUGAGGCCGAGAAGUGCGGACGCUGUGGGUUCACCUGGCCUCCCAGAGAGACACAGAAACCCAGUCUGCCUCAGGACAGCACGCCAUCAGCUCUCAUCACCAUCCCGUCUAUAGAAAACAGCACACCGAUGGAGGCUGUAGAGGUCAAAAAGGACACGCCCACACACAAGGCCAGGAAACAGUGGACAUGCCGGAGAUGUACCCUACUCAAUCCUCCCUCUGCCAAGAAGUGUUCCAUGUGCGAGGCACCCAAACGGGACAAAAGCAUGGAGGUGAAGUUGCCAUUACCGGAUGAACUGAAAAUUGAUAAAAAGAAGACUACAGAGUCUGAUGAUGUAGUGGUGACUAAUAUGACCAAUGGUACACACACUCCACCUGAAUCACCAGAGGGGGUUGUGGAUUUGACUGUUGAAGAAAAGGAGGAGGAGAAAGUAGAAGAAGAUGCUACAUGGUCUUGUAAGAGAUGUACCUUUGAAAACAAGCCCCGGGCUAAAUCAUGUGCAGUAUGUGAGGCGCCACGAAAGCCUAACAUUCCCACCACUUUACCCAAGAAUAUCGACUUGGAGGCUUUGUCCCCAAAGAGACUUAAGCAAAACGGUGACAUGAAAAUAGAGCGAAGAAACGCCACUAGGAAAAAGACCCCUAGCGUUUGUGCGAGCACAAGUGAUGACGCUACUGCUAGUACAAGCACUAGUGCUGUUGGUAUUGAAAGUGCUAGUGGUGCAUCCAGUGACCAAAGCAGUACCGUCUCUACCACACAGCCAUCACCCCCACCAAGCCCAAUGGAACUUUCCGACCACUCAUCUAACGAAGAAGCUGUUGCUAUGGAAACAAGUGACUCAGAAAAGGAUGUGGAAAAAGUAGGAGAUGGUGGAGAAAAGGCUGCUUUAUCUGCAGGUGAAAAGGAAUGGGAGUGUAGAAAGUGUACAUGUAAGAACCCGAUGACUACCUCAAACUGUGGAGCCUGUGACACACCAAAAGCUGGCUCCCCCCACCCCGUAAUAGACCUGGCCGAGAACGCAGUCCGUUACACGCCUGAGUCACCUACUUCUCCUCUUCCCUCAACAUCAGCAGCAGAGCCAAAGUCCCCCAAAAUGCCAACAAAACCAGACACACUCGCACUAGUACAGCCCUCCACAAGCACACCAAAGGAUGUGUGGAAAUGUACGAAGUGCACCUUGGAAAACCCCAUCAGUAAUAACGUGUGUGACGCCUGUGGGGCGUCCAAGGCUGCUCAGGCACUACCGGCGAAAGAGAAACAGUCCGAUUCCGAACGUUGGAGAUGUAAAAAGUGCACGUUUGACAACUCGAGAAAAGUGCGUGUGUGUAAGAUGUGUGGAACGUCCCGGCCCGGUCAGCCUUCAAGUUCAACCCCCACUGAGACAACACCGGAGUCGCCACACAAGGCCAGGCCAAGGAAAGGGUCUCUUCCAAGUGCCAGUGGAGCAGCCUACUCCCCCAGUCCUGAGCGUGUGGGGAUCUGGAAGUGCCCCACCUGUACCCUUCUCAACAGUAAGGAGAAGCAGAGCUGCAGCGCGUGUGGGACCUCCCUCAGUAAGGCAGCAGCCGGCAGCACGCCCGAGCGCUUCACGCUGGCUCGCCAGGAGAGCAUGACCAUCGACAUGCGGCGGAGACAGGACGAGAAAGAAGCGAGAGAGACCUUGCAGAACAUCAAACGUUUCUGCAAGGAGAAUAAGCUGAAUUUUGUAGAUGACUCCUUCCCUCCUGCACCCAAGUCCCUGUACUACAAGCCCUCAGCUCCUCCUACCAUGACGGUGUCCCAGUGGCUCCGCCCACACCAGAUCACAGACCUGUCAGGACAGGACCGCAGCACCAAGUGGGUCGUGUUCAGGACGCCACGACCGUCAGACAUCUCACAAGGCAUCCUGGGGAACUGCUGGUUUCUGAGUGCCCUGGCUGUGCUGGCUGAGAGACCAGAGUUGGUGGAGCGGGUGAUGAUCACGAGAGAGAUCUGCCCAGAGGGAGCGUACCAGGUCCGGCUGUGUAAGGACGGGGAGUGGAUGACUGUACUGGUGGAUGAUCUGUUGCCAUGUGACCAUCGCGGAUUCCUGGUGUACUCACAGGCAAAGCGACGUCAGUUGUGGGUGCCGCUGAUAGAGAAAGCCCUUGCCAAACUCCACGGCUGCUACGAAGCCCUGAUCUCAGGAAGGUCCAUUGAGGGGCUCUCUACACUGACAGGAGCUCCCUGUGAAAGUGUCCAGCUUCAUAGAGCUCAAAACAACAACCCAGACGAGGACCCAGUGGAACCAGACCUGAUCUGGGCUCGGUUACUCAGCUCUAAGGAGGCCGGCUUCCUGAUGGGGGCGUCCUGCGGAGGGGGGAACAUGAAGGUGGACGAUGCUGAGUACGAAUCCAAGGGACUCCGGCCCAGACACGCCUACUCUGUCCUAGACGUGCAAGAUGUCAAUGGGAGCAGGUUACUGAGAAUGAGGAACCCGUGGGGUCGGUUCUCGUGGAAGGGCGACUGGUCGGACAGCUCUCCGCUGUGGACACCUGAGAUGAGAGAGCGACUGUUGGCACACGGCGCGAGCGAGGGGGUGUUCUGGAUGUGCCUGGCUGAUGUCAUGAAAUAUUUUGAUUGCAUCGACAUCUGUAAGGUCCGUCCCAACUGGAGUGAGGUGCGGGUGAGCGGAGUGAUUCCCAACUUUGCAGGGGGUCCCAUAAAGAUCGCCCUGGUGACUGUGUUCCAGCCUACUGAGGUGGAGAUCUGUCUACAUCAGGAGAGUUUGAGAAACAAUGAGAAGUCAUCGCGCAGCCCGGUGGACCUGUGUGUGUGCCUGUACCGUGCAGCAGGCAUGACAGGCAGGGGCAGGAUGGGUGUCAGCAAACUGGUGCAGACCAGUAAGAGGUCUGUACAGAGUUCUGUAGGCUGUACUGCCAUGCUGGAGCCGGGGGAGUAUGUGGUGGUGUGUAUGGGGUACAACCACUGGACAACGGGGGUCGACAUGCAAGGAGUGAAGAACCAGGGUCGCCUGACCAACUUCCCGCCCUACGUCCUGGCCGUGUACAGCUCUAAGAAAGUCAUGGUUGACCAGGUGGACCCUCCUGAUAACGUACUGGCUGAUGCCGUGGUGCAGCUGGCUGUGGCAAGAGGCAAAAAGCACGAGGGUAGAGAAGGCAUGACGUGUUACUACCUGACCCACGGGUGGGCGGGGCUGGUGGUGGUUGUGGAGAACAGACAUCCUGACAGGUACCUGCAGGUGCAGUGUGACUGUAAGGAGAGCUUCAACGUGGUGUCAACAAGGUUCCAGCUCAGGACAGUGGACAGUGUGCCACCUCUACACAGGCAAGUUGUGGUGGUUCUGUCUCAACUGGAGGGUUCCUUUGGAUACUCCAUCUCCCACAAACUGAAGCACCGGAUGAGUAUGUACCCUUCUCUGGGAGACUGGGCCCCCCGAGGUGCCACCCACUUCCCCCACCUGACUGAGGACGUUGUCGGCCUGCACAGCCCCCGGCCGCUCUGAUCUCAUCUCACUACAGUACAGGGCUCUAGCCAGCACCCGUUUUUCUGUCAACUGCAGGAACUUUGUGG